UUACAUACUAAUUUGUUCAGUAACUAUGAUGAUCGAGAGAUCCAUGGCAACUAGAAGGAUUAGCUCGAGAUUUUCAUAUCGUCGCUGUCAUCUUCUUCUCCUCCUCCUCUCAUUUACUUGCUUCGCUUCAAGAUUUGGCUAUGGAAAAGAUACGAUCACAUCAACAAGUUUCAUCAAAGACCCAGCUACCAUAUCAUCCAAUGGAAGCUCCUUCGAGCUAGGCUUCUUCUCACCACUCAAUUCAACCGCCCGAUAUGUCGGAAUUUGGUACAACCAAAUCCCCUUACAAACUGUCGUAUGGGUAGCUAAUGCAAACAACCCUCUCAAUCAUACUUCGGGGAUUUUCACGAUUUCCAAGGAUGGGAAUCUUGUCGUGUUGGAUCAAAACGACACCGUUUUGUGGUCUUCAAACAUUUCAUCUUCUUCUUCAACAACAACAAACACAGAUUCAAUCGCCCGAAUUUUGGAUUCAGGCAACCUCGUUUUGGAAAAUUCAACUUCUGGGAAGAUCAUAUGGGAGAGUUUCAAACACCCAUCUGAUAAAUUCUUGACUUCCAUGAAAGUCACCACGAACACAAGAACCAAACAGAGCGUCAAGAUUACCUCAUGGGCUUCUCCUUCUAAUCCAUUUAUGGGGAGUUUUUCAUUAGCAAUGGAAGUUUUUAAUUUCCCCGAAGCUGUAAUUUGGAAUGGUCGGAACAUUUAUUGGAGAUCUGGUCCAUGGAAUGGUCAAUCAUUCAUCGGAGUACCCGAAAUGGACUCUGUUUAUCUCUCUGGGUUCAACCUUGUAAUUGAAGAACAAACUUACACUCUAUCAAUUCCACAUGAGUUUAGUACUCAAGAGUUUGCUUAUGUAUUACUAACUUCGCAAGGGAAUUUGGAGAAAAUGCAUUGGAAUACUCAAACGAAGAAUUGGGAUGUUAGUUGGAUGUCUCUUAAAACAGAGUGUGAUUACUAUGGUGUUUGUGGGGCAUUUGGGGUUUGUAAUCCCAAAGCGUUUCCAAUUUGUAGCUGUUUAAGAGGGUUUGAGCCAAGGCAUGAGGAGGAGUGGAAGCAAGGGAAUUGGAGUGGUGGAUGUGUUAGGAGGAUGCCAUUGCAAUGUAAGAGGUUGAACAAUGGUGCUGCUCAAGAAGAUGGGUUUCAGAAAGUUGAAAGGGUUAAAGUGCCCUACUUUGCUGAAUGGUCUAAUCUUUCUUAUUCGGAAGAUAUAUGUAGAGAAGAGUGCUUGAACAAUUGCUCGUGUAACGCUUAUGCUUAUGAAGAUGGUCUUCGUUGUAUGCAAUGGAGAAGGGAGGAGUUAAUUGAUAUGCAAAAGUUUGAGAUGGGUGGAGCUGAUCUUUACCUACGAAUGGCUUAUGGAGAAUUAGAUCAUUCAAAUAAUGUAAAUAACAAGAAAGGAACUAUUACAGCAAUCGUGCUACCGACGACCUUUGUCAUCUUCAUGAUUGUCGUAUUUGUUUGGUGUAAAUGGAAGACUUACAAACAAGAAAAGAAGGAAAAACAAAAGAGUUUGAAACUUACAAGGGAGGAUGAUAUGAUUGGGAAUGAUAUCAAACUUGAAGAGGUACCCUUUUAUGAUACUGAGAAGCUAGCAAUUGCUACAAACAAUUUUGCUCUUAGUAACAAGCUUGGGCAAGGUGGCUUUGGUCCUGUCUAUAAGGGAAAACUGUUAAAUGGACAAGAAAUAGCUGUAAAGAGGCUAUCAAGAGCCUCCAACCAAGGGUACGAAGAAUUUAUGAAUGAAGUGAAGGUGAUUUCUAAGCUACAACAUAGAAAUCUUGUACGCCUCUUUGGUUGUUGCAUCGAAGGAGAAGAGAAGAUGUUGAUUUAUGAGUACAUGCCCCACCUUAGCUUGGAUGCGUUAAUCUUUGGCUCUGGAAAACAAAAAAUUUUGGAUUGGAGGAAGAGAUUCAAUAUUAUCGAUGGAAUUGCUCGAGGUCUCCUUUAUCUUCAUAGGGAUUCAAGAUUGAAAAUUAUUUAUAGAGAUCUGAAAGCAAGUAAUAUAUUACUAGACAAAGACUUAAACCCUAAAAUUUCAGACUUCGGUAUGGCAAGAAUUUUUUGUGACAAUAAAGUUCAGGCUAAUACCGUAAGAGUCGUUGGAACUUAUGGAUAUAUGUCUCCUGAGUAUGCAAUGCAAGGUCAUUUUUCGGAGAAAUCAGAUGUAUUUAGCUUUGGAGUUCUAUUGCUCGAAAUUAUCAGUGGAAGAAAAAAUACCGAUUUCUACCACCAUAAAUAUGCCAUAAGCUUAUUGGGAUUCGCAUGGAAGCUGUGGUUGGAAGGCAACCUUAUUCCUAUGAUUGAACCAACAAUAUACGAAUUGUGCUACCAUCAAGAGAUUUUGAGAUGCAUUCAUGUAGGGCUCUUAUGCGUUCAAGAAUUUGUAAAAGAUAGACCAAACGUCUCCACCGUUAUUUCAAUGCUCAAUAGUGAAAUGGUAGAUCUUCCUUCUCCAAAGCAACCUGGCUUUGUUGGUAGACCAAAUGAAGGCAACACGGACUCAUCUCAACAAAAUUUAGAUACCUAUUCGGUAAACAAUGUGACACUUACCACAAUUAUAGCUCGAUAGUGCAUUAGGUAGAAAAACCAAUUUGUUUUAAUGAUCUUAUAUAGGAAGAACAAUAGAUGUUGUACCAAUCAACAAUUGCUCCCAU